GCAAUGCACUGCGGGAGCACGUGUGGUCAACAUGGCUGCGCCCUUCGCUAGAGUUUAUCAACCUUUAUGGAGGAAAAUAACUACAGCUAUAUUAAGCAAAGGGGUGAGAAAUGUAUCGUCCACUAGGCAACAGUGGGCAAAGCUUAAUGUUAAAACUGCGGGAGCUGCAUCUCCGUGGGCGCUGCAUGGAGCUGUGUGUCUGCAGAGACUGCCUGUAGUCUCUCAGGACAGGAGCCCCAUAGAGGAGGACUUCAUGGAGCUGAUGCGUCAGAUCGAGUUUGAGAAAAGUCUGCUAGCGGACCAUGAGGUGAAGGUCCUGGAAGAUGCUGCUCGAAUGAGCCGGAAACAAGAUGAAGAUUACGAUUCGGAUGAGGAGGACGAUUACAGAAACAAAAAGAUUGUUACAGCGCAGGAUCUGGAGGAUGUUUGGGAACAGAAUCUGAAGCAGUUUCAACCAGCUCCGAGAUUACAAGGUGACGGUGAGACAGACAUGAGCUCCUUAGAGCGUUGUUUAGCAGAUAGUCUCGUCCUGCUGGUACAGAAGGAUGUUGGCAGUCAAAAGAUUUGGCUUCUGCCUCAGAUUGAGUGGCAGACGGGAGAAACACUUCGACAGACGGCCGAACGUGCCCUUGCGAGUCUUCCAGGUGCUGAUCUGAAGGCCACUUUCCUUGGCAAUGCACCUUGUGGAUUUUACAAGUAUAAAUACCCAAAAGACGUUCAGAAAGAGGGCCUCGUCGGAGCCAAGGUUUUCUUCUUCAAAGCUGUGAUGUCCAGCCAGAAGCACUUGCCCCUAGAGAAGAAUACAUUUGCCUGGGUGAAAAAAGAUGAACUCCAGGAGUUUUUGAAGCCAGAGUACCUAAAACAAGUCAGGCGCUUCAUUAUGACUUUGUAAUAUUGCGGGGGAAAAGGACAAAAUAAAGAAUAUGUUGGUGGAAAAUGCCUACUUUUGGAUCAGAGGAUGACAACAAAUAGUAUAAAUGAUGUUCAGAUGUCUUUUAUAACAAUUCGGUGUGUUUAUUAAUAAUGCUCUUAUCUGUUUUUGCCCGACACUUAAGUUGCAAUUUGUCAUGUAAAUGUAUUAAAAUUAAUAAUGUUU